UGACACAGGAAUAAAUAGUGAAAAAUAUAUGACCAAGUCAUAUAAGUUGAAUGAAAUACAAAAUUUGUAUAUUCUUCAACAAUGUACACAAGAUUUGGCUAAGAAAGAUUGUGUUUCGUGUCUAAAUCAUAUUAUUAGUACAGCAAUUCCAUGGUCCAAAUUGGGAAGUGUUGGGGGAAGAGUUUUAUAUCCUAGCUGCAAUUUGAGGUUUGAACUGUUCAAAUUUUAUGGUGAUGAUUAUGGCGCCAACAAAAGUACUUUCACAUCGUCACCACGAGAUGCAGCAAAGCGAAAAACAAUUGUGUUCAUUGUUGUGCCUAUAAUUAUUUUGGUGAUGCUCUUUUCUAUUGGAUACUAUUUGCUAAAGAGAAUGGGAAUAAAGAGUAGAAGGACUAUUCUUCGAGAAAAUUUUGGUGAAGAAAGUGCAAGUUUAGAACCAUUGCAAUUCGAUUGGGCGGUAAUUGAAGAAGCAACCAACAAUUUUUCUAAAGACAAUUACAUUGGCAAAGGCGGUUUUGGAGAGGUUUAUAAGGGUAUCCUUUUUGAUGGACGAGAAGUAGCUGUAAAGAGACUUUCGACAAGUUCAAAUCAAGACAUAGAAGAAUUUAAGAAUGAAGUUUUAUUGAUAGCAAAACUUCAACAUAGAAAUCUAGUGGCAUUUAUUAGUUUUUGCCUCGAAGAACAAGAGAAAAUACUUAUUUAUGAAUAUGUGCCAAACAAGAGUCUUGAUUACUUUUUAUUCGAUUCUCAACGACAAAAGUUGUUAAGCUGGGUUGAACGCUUUAACAUCAUAGGAGGAAUUGCUCGAGGAAUUCUUUAUUUACAUGAACUUUCUAGACUCAAAGUUAUACAUCGUGAUCUCAAACCAAGUAAUAUUUUAUUAGAUGAAAAUAUGAUUCCAAAAAUUUCAGAUUUUGGUUUGGCUCGAAUUAUUGAAAUAAGUCAAGACCAGGGAAGUACAAAUAGAAUUGUUGGAAUAAUUGGUUAUAUGUCUCCAGAAUAUGCAAUACUUGGACAAUUUUCUGAAAAAUCAGACAUUUUUAGUUUUGGAGUCAUGCUUUUAGAGAUUGUUGCAGGAAAGAAGAAUGCAAGCUCAUACACACCACAACGCUUUGUUGAUGGCCUCUUGAAUAAUGUUUGGAGAGAAUGGAAGAAUCAAACACCUUUAAGUAUAUUGGACCCAAAUAUUAAAGAAGAUUAUACUAAAAGUGAAGUAAUUAAGUGUAUUCAGAUUGGUUUACUAUGUGUUCAACAUCACCCUGAUACCAGACCUUCAAUUGUGACGGUUGCUUCAUAUCUAAGUAGUUAUUCAAUUGAAUUACCAACUCCACAAGAACCAGCAUUCUUGCAUGAUAAAAUUUAUUCAAAAUCUCUUCCAAAACAAUCAAAUUCUAUUCAAUUUGCCAAUAAUUGUGCAUCUAUCAAUGAAAUGCCUAUAAGUACUUUUCGUCCUCGAUAGUUAAUUAUAUUUUAUUUUAAUUGUAUUAUUGUUAUUUAUUGUGAACAAGCUAUAUGUUCUAGUCUCAAAUUAAUAAUGAAGUAAGUUUUAGU